AUGUCUUGUUGGCGCGUGCUGGAGCUCUGCGAGCAGCCCAACGGCAAGCACAUCCCCCAGCUACUCAUCAAACCCGCCUUCGACCUGGACUCGUACAUGGUGCAUCUGACCGACCUCAGCAACAUAUGGUGCGAAGAGCUAGACGUCUAUGGCAUAGUCAAACGAGCUGCACAGGAGCAAUCACCUAUCGAAGUCAGCAAACAGGAUACUGCACAGCUUGUCAUUCUUCUCGACAAUGUUGAGAAAUCCCUGGCGAGUGGAGAGGAUGCCAUAUGCCGUGUGACUCGCAACGACACGGACGGCAUCACCUUGCACACUAGCAUCUGCCUUCCAGAGCCCCUCGACCGCUUGACGUGGACAUUCAACCUGCAAAAGCGAACGUCUGCAACUCUAAAGAACGAACUGAUUCUUCCGCUGCUUGUAUCAUCUCACAUCCAGAAUGAACGAAUCACCGCACUUAUAUCUACUGUUACCGAAAAGGACAGGGCAAUAUCUCGACUCAUAGAUCAGUUCGAUUCCAACAACGUAGACCUGGCUGCCGCUUUCCCCAGCAUCGGCGGAACCAAGACGGGGAGGAAGGUGGUCAAACGCGAACAAGCGGCGAAGCACGUUCCCGCCUUACGACCGUUUCGCGAAGCAGCAUGGAGGCAGGAGACGGAGCAAUUGGAAGACGCAAACCUGACUACGCUUGGCUUGUUCCAAGAAGCAUUGGCGCAGACUACCCCGAGAGUGCCACGGAAACUGAAGUCAGAUCAAGAAUCUAUGUGGUGGACUGGGAUGCCUACUCAGUUGGGACCAGUCACAGUUCCGGCUAAAAGCAAAGCUAAGAAGCCUACUCCAGCUACAAAGUCAAUGAAGGUUACUGCCGACUCAGAUGAAGAGACGGAGGACGAACCUGUAGAAUCCUCAGUGCCCAUACCCUCUUCGCCGCAUAAGAAGACCAGUGAGACAGAGGGUGAUAGUACUGAAGACGACGAGGAUUUGGAUGCACUUCCCAAAAGUCAGAGUAAAAGUAAGGGCCAGACAAUACAAGAGACGAUUCGCGAGAGGACGCUCACACCUGAACAUUACUCCCCGCCCAAGACGGCAUCAUCCUCAGUCCAGAAGGCCAAGGUAAGCAGUUUCCGAAUAGGCGGCAAAUCAACAAGGGUGGAAUCUCCUCAACCAUUGCCGGGGAGUAUAGAUGCGGAACAGGAGUCGGAGGUCCUACCGACCAGAGAGUUUGUGCCUUCUUCGCAAGCGACCCAAUCAGUUAUGACACCAAAGAAAGCCCGUAAGCCUUUCCGAAUCGGAGGCAAAGGAAAGGCAGUAGAUGGAGACGCUUCCCAACGCGCGAUAACAAUCUCACCAAGCACCAACCGUAUCAGAACCACACAAUCACCUACUGCAGAACCACCGUCCUCCCCGCCACCGUCUAGGGCGGUGAAAGAGAUGUCGCCCGUCAAGGAGGUCCACGAGGAAACUCCAGAGGAGAAAGCAGAGCGAAAGCGGGCUGAACUCAAGCGGAAGAAUGAGGAAGCAGCGAAGAAACAGGCCCAGGCAAAAAAGAAGAAGAGAUUUUGA